AUGGGUAUGCAUGACGAGUUAGAUGAGGCCCUGGAGGCUGUUACUCAAAUCCGCUACGAUGUCACCCCGUUGCUCCAAAUCAAUACCCAUGAGACCAAUAUCCGCCAUCUUGGAGGUCUGUUGGCUGCAUAUGACCUGAGCGGUGACCGUAGAUUCCUGGUUAAGGCCAUCGAUGUUGGCGACAUGCUUUACGCUGCUUUCGACACUCCGAAUUGCAUGCCCAUCACCCGCUGGGGUCCACACCAAGUGGAGCGCCAGGAAGAACAGCUGGCAGAGGAAAUAGCAUCACCCUCUGAGCUUGGCUCCUUCAUUCUGGAUUUCACGAGACUAUCCCAAAUCACAGGUGAUCAAAGGUACUUCAAUGCAGCGCAUCAGGUCAUGGUGAGACUUGAAUUAGCGCAGGAGAAGUCAAAGCUGCCAGGGAUGUGGCCUGUGAUCGUGAACGCGCGCGUUGAAGUGGCCGAUGGCGAUAUAUUCACCAUGGGCGCGGAGGUCGAUUCUUUGUACAAGACUUUGCCUAAAGCAUACGCUCUGCUGGGAGGUCGCUUACCUAUGUAUCGGACCAUGUAUGAGAAAGCCACAAGGACCGCAACAAGCCACAGCGUCUUCCGACCUAUGAAUGCAGAGGGCAAGGAUAUCCUCGCCCCUGGAUCUGUGCAAGUGACAGUGACUCAAAACGGCAAACCACGGACAUAUCUAGUAUCUCGGGUUCAUCAGCGUGCCUGCGGUGCCGGCGGCAUGUUCGCGAUGGGUGGUGCGCUCUUAAAUAUCCCGACCCAUCACAAGAUCGCGAAAAAACUCGUCGACGGCUGUGUAUGGGCUUCCCAAGCUAUGCCCAAGGGCAUAAUGCCCGAGACAUACGAAGCUGUUCCGUGCGCAUCGCAAAAAAGCUGUCCAUGGAAUGAAUGGCACUGGAGGAAGGAAGUAUGGAAGAAAGCAAUCAUUGCAAACCCUGAUCCAUCUUUUGAUGUCGAUGUUUUCCUGAGGGAUCACCGUAUACCGAGAGGCUUUAUCGCCAUCCCAGAUACUCGGUACAACUUGCGGCCAGAGAUCAUCGAAAGUAUUUUCAUGCUGUACCGCGUGACUGGGCGCGAAGACCUUCUCGACACGGCAUGGGAAAGUUUCAAGACAAUUGAAAAUGCUACCCGAGUCGAAAAUGGCAAUGCUGGUCUCCUCGAUAUGACAGAUGACCAGGAAGGAACAGGCCACAUCGACUUGAUGCAGAGUUACUGGAUGGCCCAGACCCUGAAAUACUUCUAUCUUAUUUUCAAUCAUCCCGACUUUUUGAGCUUGGAUGAAUAUAUCUUCAACUCUGCUUGA